ACGAUGGCAACUGGUCACCCAACAAAAGUGGAUGCUCCUGAUCAUGUCCUUUACACUGUAGGCUCCUGUGUUCUGGUCAUUGGUUGUAUUGGAAUUAUAGGAAACCUCCUUGUACUCUAUGCAUUUUACAGCAAUAAGACACUGAGGACACCUCCAAAUUAUUUCAUCAUGAAUUUAGCUGCAAGUGAUUUUCUGAUGUCUGCAACUCAAGCUCCAGUCUGCUUUUUCAACAGUAUGCAUAAGGAGUGGGUACUUGGAGAUACAGGUUGUAACUUGUAUGCUUUUUGUGGAGCACUCUUUGGAAUAACUUCAAUGAUGACCUUGUUAGCUAUUUCGGUUGAUCGCUACUGUGUGAUUACUAAGCCUCUGCAGUCCAUAACGAGGAGUUCAAAGAAACGUUCAUGUCUAAUCAUUAUGUUUGUCUGGCUCUACUCACUGGGUUGGAGUGUGUGUCCAUUAUUUGGGUGGAGUUCCUAUAUCCCAGAAGGUCUGAUGAUAUCUUGUACAUGGGACUAUGUAACCUAUUCUCCAGCAAACAGAAGUUACACCAUGUUGCUGUGUUGCUGUGUGUUUUUCAUUCCUCUGAUAAUAAUCUUCCAUUGCUAUUUAUUCAUGUUUCUAGCCGUAAGAAAUACUGGGAGGAAUGUUCAGAAAUUAGGAUCCAGCUAUAAACGGAAACGUUCAGCUUCACAGAACAUAAAAAGCGAAUGGAAACUGGCAAAAAUUGCCUUUGUAGCCAUUGUGGUUUUUGUUGUAUCCUGGUCUCCAUAUGCUUGUGUUACCCUGAUUGCAUGGGCUGGCUAUGCCAGGAUCUUAACUCCAUAUUCUAAAUCUGUGCCUGCUAUUAUCGCCAAAGCUUCUGCAAUUCACAAUCCUAUAAUUUACGCUAUCAUUCACCCAAGUUACAGGAAAACCAUUCGAAAUGCUGUUCCUUGUUUGAGAUUUCUCAUACGAAUAUCAGCUAGUGAACUUUCCACAAGUUCUGCAAACGAGUCCUCAUUCAAGACUUCUAUGUCUAGCCGUAUCUCUUUCAUUUCCAGGAACAAAAGCAUUUCCAUUUCUGCUGCAGAAAGAACUUGGAAUGAUGUAGAGCUUGAUCCUGUGGAGUCAGUCCAUACAAAACUGCAGACACCACAAAGUAACUCCUUUUCAACAAAUGCAGAAGAAAAAAGUGAAUUGCCUAUGAAGGCCCCAAGCUGUGAUGUACCAACUGAAGAAAAGUUUCCACUAUCUUCCAUCUGUCUAGAAGAACCACUUGAGAGAGCCCUUAAACACAACACUCCAGAACUGUUAAUCUUAAGCAGCUCUUUGAGAGCAUCAUCUAUUCCAUUUGACUUGAGUACUAGCAGCAGAGGGAAGAGAAUGGACACUUCUCAAGCAGAAAUCUGUGAAGACCAAAGAAAUAGUAGCCAGGAUUCCUUAGAAAGUCCCACUCUUCCACACAUCAUUAUCAUUCCUACCUCAGAAACGACUCUAUCUGAAGAGCAAGCUGAGCUAGAAAAUAGAGAGGAAAAAAGCACUCUAUUCUUCACUCAAGAGAAGAACCACCUGUUAGUCAAAGGAAGGCGUUACUUCUCUACUGACCAACUUGAAGCAGUUGAGAAGCUUGUGACAUAAGUUUGACUGUUUCUUCAAAUAAUUAUACCAAAAACAAAAUUGCAGGAUGGUGUAUAUGACACUAAGGAUAUUUUAUGGGGUUAUUUUUCCAUGCAAUCUUGAGGUCAUUUCUGAACUUUAUGCACUUUGUAGAAGCCAACUACAACAAUAGGGGCUGAAGGCCCAAAGCUUAGGUAACAUGCUUGUGAACAAAACCACCUAGUAAAUAUGUCUUUAUAUAAUGGGAAUAGAUUUUCACGCUUCCAUACUUUACUGAGUAAGGGUGGUGCUGGAAUGCUAAGUAAACAUGCCUGUCCAAAUUCCAAGAAAAAGUGUGAGGGAUAUAUGUAACUAUUCAUUUUCUCUUGCACAAGAUCUGUGACUUAAUCCUUCCUCAUUUCAGUUAUUAGCUGAAAGGUGAUGGGUCAAGUAGAGAUGGUUGAGGAGUACAUGUUGAAGAACAUGUAGCUCCUCACAGCCAGUAACCUGUUGACCUUUUGUUUUAACUUAGUAAAAUAGUUGAUUUGUCACCUGUCUUGUAAUUGAAAUGGCAAUACAGGAGUGAGAAAUGGAUUUGAAAAUGGGUGUAUUUAAGGAA